UCCCCCUUUCCCCCGGCCUCCCGGUGGGCAUAGCCCACGCAUCCAGAGCAUCGCCGGGCAUGGAGCAGUUCGUCAGGAAGCGCCUGACCUUCCUGACAUCCUUCUGGAACAAGCUCCGUCCCCGCUCCGUGACGGAGAGCUGCUCGCUGGGGUAUCUUGGCUCUGAUUCCGUUUCGCUCAACUCGGAGGCGACUUCCAUUUCCUUCAUCCCCAAGUCGUCUCUCUGUAUCGCUUUGUACGCUUUCACAGCCCGCAGCGCCGAGGAGCUGAGCAUAAGCGCAGGGGACAAACUGCGUGUCCUCAGAGAGGAGGGCGAGUAUGUAUUAGCCCGGCGGCUGCUGGGGGAGCCGGCCAUGGGCUACGUCCCCGCUGCCUACGUGGCCAACCUCAGCCAGGGCACCUCUGCUCACCGCCCCUGGUACUUCAGCAAGAUCAGCCGAAAUGAAGCGGAGCAGCUCCUCCUCUCGCCUCCCAACCAGCACGGCUCCUUCCUCGUCCGCGACAGCGAGAGCAGCAAGGGCGAAUACUCUCUCUCAGUGCGCAACAACGCCAAGGUCAGCCACUUCCGAAUCUGCAAGAGCCCCCGGGGCAGCCUCUACAUCCAGAAGGGACACCCCUUCCCCAACAUGGAGGAGCUGCUCGCCUUCUACACGGAGCACUGGAAGGUCAUCCAGAGCCCCCUGCUGCAGCCCUGCAGCCCCGCGACUCCCCCCGAGAGGGACGGCUGGGAGCGCCCGCGCUGGGAGUUCACCCUGCGGAGGAAGCUGGGAGAGGGCUACUUUGGAGAGGUGUGGGAAGGGCUGUGGAGGAACACCGUGCCAGUGGCCAUCAAGAUCAUUAAAGCUGACAUGAAAGCAGAAGACUUCACCAAGGAGAUUCAGAACCUGAAGCGCCUGAGGCAUGAGAAGCUGAUCCAGCUGCACGCCGUGUGCUCCCUGGAGGAGCCCGUGUACAUCAUCACCGAGCUCAUGCGCAAGGGCAACCUCCACAGCUACCUCAACAGUCCUGAAGGGAAGUCCCUGGGCACCUCCCACCUGCUCAACAUCUCCUGCCAAGUGGCGGAUGGGAUGAGGUACCUGGAGGAGAAGCACAUUGUCCACCGGGAUCUGGCAGCCAGAAACAUCCUGGUUGGAGAGGAGCUCACCUGCAAAAUCGCUGAUUUCGGACUUGCCCGGCUCCUCAAGGAUGACAUUUACUCCACCAGCAGCAGCACUAAAAUCCCAGUGAAGUGGACGGCCCCAGAGGCAGCCAACUACCGCACCUACUCCCUCAAGUCCGACGUCUGGUCCUAUGGGAUUCUGCUCUACGAGGUCUUCACGUAUGGACAGAUCCCCUAUGAAGGAAUGACAAACCAAGAAACCGUACGGCAAAUCACCAGGGGCUACCGCCUGCCCCGGCCCAGCCCCUGCCCUCCUGAGAUCUACAGCAUCAUGCUGGAGUGCUGGAAUGGCAACACAGAGGAGCGUCCCACCUUCCUGGCCCUGAGGGAGAAGCUGGGCUUCAUCUACAGGCGGCUGCUCAGCUCCCUCUCCUGAGGGACCCCUUCCCACCAUCCUUCCUGCACAAGCCCCUCCAGGCCAGCUCUUGCCAAGAAGUUCCUUCCUUCUGGUUUGCCCUCUGACAGGGCUACAAGGAAAGCACAUGCCCCCAGAAAACAGCCUGUGGCCCCUCACAGCCAGGGUGCAGGGAGGUGGCCAAGGCAGAAAGCAACAAGUUGUGCAGAGCUCGUUGCCAGCGCUUGGCUGUGUAACAGUUUGGAGAAGCCCCACGGAGGCAUCACUCAAAGUUUACAUCUUCGUUCACUCAGCAGGGUGGGAGGCCCCUGCUGCUCCCCACACAGACGUGAAGGUUUGCAGUUCAUGUUCAGUUGUGGCUCUGCUUGAUUUAUCUUGUAGUGUGUGUUCGGUGUAUUUAUCAAUAAAUGUGUGUGCAUCCACAGGGCGUUGCUGGAUGCUCCUCCCUCAGCACAUUGCUCCACUCCCUCCCAGGAAUCAUGGAAUGGCUGGGGUGGGCACAGCCCUAAAGCUCCUCUUGUUCCAACCCCCCUGGCAAGGACAGGACACCUUCCAGUAGAGCAGAUUGCUCCAAGCCCUGUCCAACCUGGGUGUGAACGCUUCCAGGGAUGGGUUCAAAGAGCCCACC